UCUGUGUGUGUGCACGCCACAGCCCAGUGAAGAGUUCAAGUUACUGCAGAGCAGAACCCCUCCUGACUGAUGCUGUCUUAGGAAAACAAUAGGGAACUGUCCUAUUUCAGAUGUGGCCCAACAAAGCAGCAACCUGCACCUCAGAGCGGCAGAAACCUGAAAUUCUGAGCUUUCCCAUUCUGUAACUUUACUCCUUUAUCAACUCCCUGCUUUUCAUAGAGUAUUCAUUUCAAAGGGGGCUCCCCGUGUUUACAGCCCCAAAUAAACCAGAGCAGUGCAGAUGUAGCCUUCCCCAGCUGUUAGAGAAUUUUGCAUCCUUUCGUAGGAAGGUGUGUGCAGGGUUGCUUUUUAGGAAAAAAAUUUAGCCUAAGAGUGGAAAUCCGCCUUUGGGGGCUCAAGGGUGGUGGUAGCAGAGAAACAAGGAUGGGUUCCCUCCAUCCCCAGCACAGGCCGAGCUGCUUGCCUUUCUCCGCCUUGCCCGUGUGGAUCGCAGGGCUUCCCGGCGGCGUGCGCUGCCACAGAGCAUCUCUCUCAGGAGCUACUUCCCUACCCGCCUUGCUCACUUGAUCAGCUGCUCCUGGAGACAAUCCAGCGAGCUCCUGGCUCUCCGUGCCACCACACUACCUCUUCCUUAAGGGAGGCUAACUGAAGGCGCCUUUUUCCUGGGCGCACAAACCGGCUCCGUAGCGUUUGAACCGCUGCUGGGUCAUUUGCUCUCCGUUUAAGUUAGCUUAGGUCACAUAAUUUUUUUCCCAGGUAGGGAAGGUUUCCUUUCCCUUCUCAUAAUAUUUUCCUCAGCUACAAAAGCCACCUGGAUGAAACCAAAGGAUUCCUACGCGUUAGCAAAUGCCUGUUAAAUGGCUUCAUUACCACUCUAAUGACCCUUGCACCACUCCGCUCGGCUACUGCUGCGGCUGGGGCUCUGCAAGGCUUUUGUCCCCUUGUGUAAAGUUACUUAGGGAUUGCGGGGUUAGAAAUUUUACACUUCCAGGAGGGGUUUGUUGCACUGGCAGCUGGGACGCAUCUGUAACGGUACAAGUUUGCCUGAAAGCAGAAAAUUAGCAAGCCCAAGGCACUGCUUGACAGUUGUGUCCCUAGCAGCUUCAGGUCAGAAGAGUAGGAGAAAGAAUGGGAAGGGGAUUUGUCUCUGAGCAAACAUAUACACUUUUCUUUUGUGAGUACCUUUCCUUGUGAUCCGAUUCGACAGCACUAAAAUCUGGUUUCCCUCCUCCUUGUCUCUCCUGGCCACAAGUAGCAGUGCAUUGUUGUCCCCCAAUUUGUAAAUUUCAGCUGUUGGUGGCACAACUUUAAUUACUGGAACAAAGCGCUCCUUGAGAUAAAUAGGUCUGAGAAGAAGGUUAUCAUUUAAAAGGAGAAGAAGGUUAUAAUUAAGAAAGGUUAUAAUUAAAAAGGAGAAGAAGGCUCCUCUUAGGUCUGAGAAGAAGGUUAUAAUUUUUCAGGUUAUACCUGGAUCACGGGCUGUGGGAAAUAAAGAUAUGGAAGUAGAGGCUAUAGGUGUCCCUCCCGAAGAAACGUGUGAUGGGAACAGCGGGACUAGGAAGGGUUCUUGUACGAGCCACUGACAAGUGGUUCGUGUGUGUCCAUGCCCUUCUUUUUCUUUCCAUACCAAAUUGCAAAUUCACAGGCUUGGUUGGAAAUUUGGGGAUCUCGCAACCAGUCCAUAGGAGGUCGUUCAUUAGAAAAGUGCCCAUCUCUCGGCGCUCCAAAGGAGCGAUGCGGAGCAAAUUGUCUCCUGGCGACUGGAGGGGGCUUGCCCAGACAGCUCCCGGCAGGGGCUGUGGUGGGAUAUGCUAAUAAAGACUGGCCGCUGCGGACCAGCCUCCCUUUCCAUGUAUAUAUAAGGGCCCCCCGCAUCAGCCGAAGGACACUUGGUCUCGGGUCGCUAAUUACGAAGGAAAUUGCCCCAGCGCGCUGCGGAGCGCCUCGCCGAGAGCCGGUGGCCACCGUCCCGCACUGACGCCUCCGCAGCAGGGAUGGAGGUGAUGGACAGCUGCAAGUUCUCUCCGUCCGAGCUCUUCUAUGACAGCUCCUGCCUCUCCUCCCCAGAAGGCGAGUUCCCUGAGGAUUUUGAGCCCAGGGAUCUGCCUCCUUUCAGCUCCCACGAGGCCCCCGAGCCCGCCUGCUCCGAGGAAGAGGAGCAUGUCCGAGCUCCCUCUGGCCACCACCAAGCUGGUCACUGCCUCAUGUGGGCUUGCAAAGCCUGCAAAAGAAAAUCCACCACAAUAGACCGGCGGAAGGCAGCCACCAUGAGGGAGAGGAGGAGGCUGAAGAAAGUGAACCAGGCUUUUGAGACCCUGAAGAGAUGCACCACUGCCAACCCCAACCAAAGACUCCCCAAAGUAGAGAUCCUGAGAAACGCCAUCAGAUACAUCGAGAGCCUCCAGGAGCUCUUGAGGGAACAGGUAGAAAACUACUAUCACCUGCCCGGACAGAGUUGCUCCGAACCGACCAGCCCCACUUCCAGCUGCUCCGAUGGGAUGGCCGACUGUAGCAGCCCCGUUUGGUCGGCAAGAGGCAGCAGCUUCGACGCCGUCUACUGCGCCGAGAUGGCCCACGGGUACGCCGCCGAUCAGAGCAGCGCCCUGUCCAGCCUGGACUGCCUCUCCAGCAUCGUGGACCGUCUCUCCCCGGCGGAGGAGCCAGGGCUGUCCCUCCGCGACGCCGACUCCCUCUCGCCCAGCGCCAGCAUCGACUCGGGGCCGGAGACGCCCGGCACGCCGCUGCCCCGACGGACCUACCAGGCGCUAUGA